AGAAAGCAGCAUAACGCCUGCUGGGGGAAUCUGCCCUGGCGGACGCCGAGUCCUCACACCUCCCCCUCCAGGUGAAACGGGCGCCUGCCUGACGUGACGCCAUCAGAGGUCCUGUUUCCGGGUGGCGGUCCUGGGGCUGAGGCGCGGUGGCGUGGAGGCGUCAUGAACAGCUCCGAAGAGCAGCAGCAGUUGGAGCGUCUCAGCAGCCUGAAAGAUCAAGUGAUUGGUGAAUAUGAAGAUUUAAGAACAGAAAAUAAGAAAACAAAACAAGAGUGUGACAAAAUCAAACAGGAGAGAGAUGAAGCAGUCAAAAAACUGGAAGAGUUCCAAAAAAUUUCUCACAUGGUCAUUGAGGAAGUCAGUUGCAUACAGAACCACCUUGAAAUUGAGAAGACAUGUCGUGAAAGUGCAGAAGCUCUGGCUACAAAGUUGAACAAAGAAAACAAGACUCUGAAAAGAAUCAGUAUGUUGUAUAUAGCAAAACUGGGGCCAGAUAUCAUUACUGAAGAAAUCAACAUUGAUGACGAAGAGUCAUCCACAGAUAUAGAAGGUAGUCCUGUUGCAUGUGAUUCGGUGCAGUGUCAGCAGCUAAUAAAAGAUCUGCGAGAUCAAAUGAUCUCUCUUCAGGAGGAAAAGAAAAACAUAGUUAUCGAGCUUGAAAACCUGAGAAGCAAAUGUGCAGAAGACGCUGUAGAAGUGAAUAAAGUAAAGGAAGAAAACGCAGCUCUAAAAGCUGAAUUUCAUAAACAGCAGAAAGUGCUAGAAAAAUGUAAUCGAGUGUCUGUACUGGCAGUAGAAGAAUAUGAAGAACUACAAGUAAACUUUGAAUUGGAAAAAAAUCUGCGGAAGAGAGCAGAAUCCUUUGCACAAGAGAUGUUUAUUGAACAAAAUAAGCUGAAAAGGCAAAGCCAGCUUCUGCUGCAAAGCUCAGUCCCCGAUGAACAACUUUUGAAAGUUCUGGAAGAAAAUGCAAAAUUAAAUGUAAUGUUAGAGGAAGAGAGGUUACAACACAGGCAAAAGGUUAAAGAAUUAGAGGAGCAACUAGAAAAUGAAGGCUUGCACAAGGAAAUCAAAUCCCUUAAACAACAGCUUGAACUUCUAGAAGAAGAUAAAAAGGAACUGGAGGGAAAAUAUCAGAAUGCUGAAGAAAAAGUUAAAAACUUAAAACAUUCAGUUGAUGAACUUCAAAAAAGGAUACACCAGUCAGAAAAUCUAAUCCCACCCCCCCCUCCUCCACUGCCACCUCCACUUCCUCCUCCUCCUCCAAAUCCAAUAAAGUCCCUCAUGUCAAUGAUUCGUAAGAAGUCUCAUCCAAACAGCAGUACAACCAAGAAAGAAAAGGCACCUCUGCAAGAAUCAGGAGAAAUAACAGACCUGAAGAGACAAGCAGUGGAAGAAAUGAUGGAUAGAAUUAAAAAAGGGGUUCAUCUUAGACCUGUUAAUCAGGCCAGCCGUUCUAAGAGAAAGCCAGAAGUUUCUAAGGCCUCAGAGGGUGCAAUGAAAGAGCUAAAGGGAAUUAUGGAAACACUGAAUACAUCUACAAGCUCAAGGAGCCUGAAAUCUCUUGACACAGACAGCAGUGAAACAGAAUUAGAAAGAAUCUUGCGGCUUAGGAAAGUGACGACUGAGCAAGAUAGCAACAGUCCAGUGGGAAUAUUGGCUACUUGUGAAUCCAAAUCUAUGCCAGUGUUGGGUUCUGUUGGAACGCAGUCUGCACUGAACAAGGAAAUUUUGGAGACGGAAUUCAGAUGCAAGUCUUCAGAGUCAGAUGAUGGAUGUCAUAAAAUGGCUGAAAGCACAAGUACCAAAGAUACUAUUCGGUUACCAAGCAAUGUAGAGCCUUCAGAUAAAGUUGCUGAUAUGGAAAAACAAGCAGAAUCCAUUGUGGUACUGAAUCCUGAGAAAGCAAAAGAACAGAUGCCUGAAGAUUUUAAUCAAGGCAAGAUGAUAAAAGAAAAAGGUCAACAGUUUUGUAAAGAUGUUAGUGUAGAGAAAACAAAAGAAACAGACAGCUCUCACUGCUAAUUGAUGUGCUAAAAGUCGUUGACUUCUGGAAGUCCCUUUCAGUGAGUGCAAGUUGUUUCAUUUGUAUGUACUGUUAAGGGCAAUAUUCUGUGCUGUCUAAUGUACUUUAUGAUACUUUACUGAAAUAGCCUUUUAUAUGCAUUUUUCAUUACGUACAUUAGACUUUGUAAUUAGACACAAUCCAGAGUCACAGUUCUGGACUCCUUACAGCUGUAAUCAAUGGAGUUUCUUUUAAAUCAUUGCAUUUGUUUCUUGAGUUAUGCAAAAUAUCAAAGCGUAUUUUAGUAAUGUUAUUGUGUUAAUAUGUUCUUUAAGGCUGAUAAAAUUAAUUUAUCAAAGUCUGAGAAAAUGAAUUGAAAGGACAAAACAGGCCCUAAUUGCGUGACUGGAUAAAUGCAUUUGUUAGAUUAUAGAAUGAUAAAUGUGACCACAAAUAAAUUCUAAUAGACACA